UCUUCUCUCCCCGGCUGUGACAGCUUGCAGCUUAACAACCGGGUGCCCACUGCACAUGCAUGAGAAGUGCUGUGCUUUGUCUGCACCCUCUGGUCAUCUCCUGUGCUAUGUCCGCAGUCUCUGGUCACCUCCUGUACUGUGUCCGCAGUCUCUGGUCACCUCCUGUACUGUGUCCGCAGUCUCUGGUCACUUCCUGUACUGUGUCCGCAGUCUCUGGUCAUCCCCUGUAGUAGGUUCGCAAUCUCUGGUCAUCCCCUGUACUGUGUCCGCAGUCUCUGGUCAUCCCCUGUACUGUGUCCGCAGUCUCUGGUCAUCCCCUGUACUAUGUCCGCAGUCUCUGUUCAUCUCCUGUACUGUGUCCGCAGUCUCUGUUCAUCUCCUGUACUGUGUCCGCAGUCUCUGGUCAUCUCCUGUACUGUGUCCGCAGUCUCUGGUCAUCUCCUGUACUGUGUCCGCAGUCUCUGGUCAUCCCUGUACUGUGUCCGCAGUCUCUGGUCAUCUCCUGUACUUUGUCCGCAGU